UCCAUUUCCACAACACACAAAAGAGGAGGAGAAGAAACACUGAAGCAGCGCCAUGGAGAAAGAUGUCGAAAAGGCCAGAGCUCUGACGGAGGCGACGGCGACGGCGGCAGCAGCGGAUGGAAUCACUGCCGAGUCGGAGUUCACGCUUAAAGGAUUCAGGAACUUCGUUCGAACGAAUCCGAAGUCGGAUCGGUUUAAGGUUAAGUGGUUCCAUCACGUUGAGUUCUGGUGCACCGAUGCUACAAACGCCGCUAAGAGAUUCUCCUGGGGUCUUGGUAUGCCGAUUGUGGCUAAAUCGGAUCUCUCCACUGGAAAUAUGACUCAUGCUUCUUAUCUUCUCCGCUCCGGCCAGCUUUGCUUCCUCCUCACCGCACCUUAUUCGCCCUACAUUGCUGCCGCCGCAAACCUCAGUCCGGAAUCUACUGCUUCGAUUCCUAGUUUCGACCAUUCCGCCUGCCGUGCCUUCGCCGGUAGACACGGAUUAGGCGUUCGAGCAAUCGCUCUAGAGGUCGAGGACGCCGAGAUCGCAUUCAGAACCAGCGUCGCACACGGCGCGAAACAUUCGUGCCCUCCGAUUGUUCUCGAAAAUCGCGCCGUUGUCUCUGAAGUCCACUUGUACGGCGACGUCGUUUUGCGUUACAUUAGCUACAAAAAUCCUGUUCCUAGCGAUGAUGGCGAGAACAAACCAGACGUAUGGUUCUUGCCAAAAUUCGAGGCCAUGGAGGAGAAUUCUUCGUAUUCGCUCGAUUUCGGGAUUCGAAAACUGGACCAUGCAGUCGGAAAUUUGACGGAGUUGGGACCGGCGGUCUCUUACUUGAAAGGAUUUACUGGAUUCCACGAGUUUGCAGAGUUCACUGCGGAGGACGUGGGGACGAGCGAGAGCGGAUUGAAUUCGGUGGUUCUAGCGAACAAUGAGGAAACGGUUUUGCUACCAUUAAACGAGCCUGUGUACGGAACGAAGCGAAAGAGUCAAAUCCAGACGUAUUUGGAGCACAAUGAAGGAGCAGGAGUUCAGCAUUUGGCAUUGAUGAGUGAGGAUAUUUUCAGAACCUUGAGGGAGAUGAGGAAGCAAAGUGGCGGUGGUGGAUUCGAGUUCAUGCCGACGCCGCCACCGACGUAUUACAAGAAUCUGAAGAGCAGGGCGGGAGAUGUGCUGACGGAUGAACAGAUUAAGGAGUGUGAAGAAUUGGGGAUUCUGGUGGAUAGAGAUGAUCAAGGAACUUUGCUUCAGAUCUUCACCAAACCUGUGGGAGAUCGACCCACCAUAUUUAUUGAGAUAAUCCAGAGAGUGGGAUGCAUGAUGAAGGACGAUGAGGGGAAAGUGUAUCAGAAAGGAGGGUGUGGUGGCUUUGGAAAAGGAAACUUCUCGGAGCUCUUCAAAUCCAUCGAGGAAUACGAGAAGACACUUGAACCCAAACCAGUUGCUGAACCAUCUCCAUCCAAUAUUAUAACGUCAAAACACGAAUUCUGACCGUCCAAGCUCAUCACUAGUCUAGAUAAGAUGGUGCCCUGAAUUCUAAAUGUCGGGACGAGCAAGAGCAAAUUGAAGCCGUUGGUUCGGGUGAACAAUGAGGAAAUGAUUUUGCUACCAUUGAACGACUCGGUGUUCGGAACGAAGCGAAAGAGUCAAAUAUUACAAGAAUAUGAAGAGCAGGGCGGGAGUGUAAGUGAGUGAAGGGUUGGUGUUGUGGUGGAUACAGAUGAUCCCUAUGAUUUAAAAGUUUCAAAUUUAGUUUGUGUUAAAUUUUCUAUUUUGGUGUAUAUUUAUAUCUAUGUUUUGUUAUUUAUGUUAUGGAGCAACCUCGAACUUCAUAAGUCA